AGUUGUGUUUCUGUAGUACGAAAUCAUUUGAAUUAACAAAAAAUCAAAGAAAGGAAGAAAGGAAGAACAGAAAGAUGGCGGAGUCUGUAACAGUGGCAGAUUCACACAGCAACACAGCGGCAGUGCAAGCAACAAACGACGACGCUUCGGCCAGUAAACUGUCCUGUGUCAGAAAGGGGUACAUGAAAGACGAUUACAUCCAUUUAUUUGUAAGAAGGCCUGUGAGGAGAUCUCCAAUUAUUAACCGUGGUUACUUUGCCCGUUGGGCUGCUUUGCGGAAGCUUCUCUUUCAGUUUCUUGAUUGUGAAAAAGAUACGGAGGGAAAAGAUCACUCAAGGAAACAGAUAUUAUCACUUGGAGCUGGCUUCGAUACAACAUUUUUUCAGUUGCAGGAUGAGGGGAAAUUACCAUAUCUAUAUGUGGAACUGGAUUUCAAAGAGGUAACUAGUAAAAAGGCGGCACUUAUUGAAAGUUACAGUCAGUUGAGGGACAGAGUUGGUGGAGCAGCAUCGAUCUCCAGAGAGAAAGGAGAAGUGCUUGGUGAUCACUACAAGCUACUCCCCAUUGAUUUGCGUGAUAUACAAAAAUUAGAUGAUGUCAUAGCUUUAGCUGAUAUGGAUCCCAGCUUGCCAACAUUUAUAAUUGCAGAGUGCGUUUUAAUAUACUUGGAUCCAGAUUCAACCCGAGGUAUAGUUGGCUGGGCUGCAAGAACAUUUUCUACAGCAAUAUUUUUCUUAUAUGAGCAGAUUCAUCCUGAGGAUGCUUUUGGGCAGCAAAUGAUCAGAAAUUUGGAGAGUCGAGGCUGUGGACUCCUGGGAAUUCAUGAUACACCAACUUUACUUGCAAAGGAAAAACUCUUUCUUGACCAGGGAUGGCAGAGGGCAGUCGCUUGGGACAUGCUGAAAGUUUAUGGUACUUUUAUUGAAGCUCAAGAAAGACGAAGGAUUGAACGGCUGGAGUUGUUUGAUGAAUUUGAGGAGUGGUACAUGAUGCAGGAGCACUACUGCGUGGCUCAUGCAAUCAACGAUGCCAUGGUAUGUCUAUGGUCUCUUUGGGGAUUUUGGCUUUCCCAACGAUCAGCAACACAUGCUGAACCCCUCAUCAGCACCGCCAUGAGAGAGCAUGGAGAUACGCCAUAUCAUAUUUUAUUACCAAGUUUAGUUGAACUGGUAGUAUCAGUGAAACACGUGAGACUGACACGUGCCAGUCCACCAAUUUGGGGGGUUGUCAGGUAAAGAAGGAUUUCUCAACUACUAGUUGGUCAUACUAAAGUCUCCAAAAGGAUAAUGACUUGUGUGGAUGCGUCUUUGUGCUUUGUUUGUUUCCCUCAAUGAAAACGGAUCUUCUUUUCUUUUUUUUUUUCCUUCUGUGCUAGCUGUUUGGCAAAGAAAACGUGGUGGGUUCCACCCAGCACCAACUAUAUGUCAUUGUUUCGGGUUGUGGGGUCUUUGGCCAUGUGGAGAAAUAGAAAGAUAAUUUGCAUGGUUGUUUCUUUUUUA